AUGAAGUUUGGUACUGAAGUGCCCGGAUUAUCAUGUUGCUUGUACCGCAAAGACGAUUGGGUAUAUGAAGCAGCGUUUAUGGUCAACGUAUUACCACAUGAUUCGAUACGACUAUUUCUUCUUGAUGACGACGAUAUAUCGAAGUUAAAGUAA